AUGAGUGGAAAAGCUGAAACGCUCGGGGAAACGUCCAGGGAUGCGGUUUCCUCUCCGGCCAAGGCUGCGGACCAGCAGAAGAAGGGGAAGAUUAUUUUCGUCGUGUACAUUAUCGCUGUUUUGGACAUCACCUGGAUGUUUUUACAGUUUUCUGUUACCCCUUAUUUGGCAAAGAAGCUGGGCUUCGACACCUUGUGGUUUGGUUAUUUGCAAACUACAGUCGGGGUGAUCCAGCUCAUCGGGGGUCCAAUGUUUGGAAGGUUUGCAGAUCUCUUUGGGUCCCGGGCAGCCCUGACUCUGGCAUGCUCGGCCACCAGCGUGUUCUUUGUGCUGCUGGCCAUAGCCAAUCAUCCCGUCCUGCUGUUCAUCCACAAACUCCCCUCCGUCUUUAUGCACGUCAUGCCUGGCUGUCAAAUGGUGGUCACAGACCUUUCAGAACCGGAGAAACGGGCCGAUUCUUUGUCCAAGCUGGGUCUGUGCUUCGGCAUCGGCAUGAUAGCCGGCUCCACAUUAGGCGGACACCUGAACACGCGCUACGGCGUAUUGCUGGUUUUAAAGUUCAUCCCCAAAUCUACAAAAGCUGAGGCCUCCAGAAGCAGCAUUAAACCUGAGAACCGGGACAAAAAAGUCUUCAGUUUGGGAGAGAUCACGAGGCUGAUGAAGUUUCCCGGAGUAAUGCGGAUUUUUCUCAUCAAAAUAGUUGCGGGUUUGCCGUCAGGCGUAUUUCAGGUGAUGUUCUCCAUCAUUGCGUUGGACUUCUUUAAGCUGGAGCCCCAGCAGAACGGCUACCUGAUGGCCUAUUUUGGCAUCGUCCAGAUGGUGGUUCAGGGAGUGGUGAUCGGGCCUCUCACCUCCAGGUACACCGAGAAGUCGCUGCUGCUUCUGUCCAUUGGAGUCGCAUCCUUUGUGGGCCUGGCUCAGGCUUACAUGCAGAACGUGUUCCAGUUCUGCAUCACCGUCACGCCCUGGGUGUUUUCUCUGAGUGUGUUUAAUGUCAUCACAGACACCAUGCUCACCAAAUCCGUCCCCUCCUCUGACACAGGUGAGCUCCUCUUCUCAGACACUAUCAGAGGGUCCAUGGCCCCAAAAGGUUACAUUUGUUUUCAGUCCCUGAUAUGGGACUUUUAA